AUGUCACUGAGAUAUCUGAGAAACAUAAAACAACAACAUAAUCUCGAUUACUUUCAUCACAAGACUCAAAGUGACAUGAAAUUUCACAUCAUGAAAGUACUCAAUAUGCGUUCAGAGAACUCAACAUUGGAUAGAUACGUUUCAAGUCUUUUCAACCUUAACAAUCUCAAUCCCACGUACAUCUUCCGUCUUCCUGAUAAGAAAAAUCGAACUUUAGUGUUCCGCAAAAGUGACUUCACCACAGCCGUCUUUCCAAACAUCACCAACGUUAAUAAAUUUACGAAGUCAAGCGAAAGACUUCAAACAUCGUCAUCGAGUAAACAUCAAAUAAAGUUGAAGAACGACGACUUUCUUGACGAAUUGAAACAUGAAAGAAAUAUUUUCGAUAACAAUAUUUAUGAUGAUUAUGAAGAAAUGAAGAAAAUUGUCGAGGAAAAUGUUCGAUCGGAAAAAGAUUUUAUAAAGCUGAUGACAGAGCUCAAUGAAGAUUUAAAUGAAGAAGAUUAUCGGGAGAAAUAUCAUCAAAGUAUGAAUCAAAAGAAAAGUUCACAUAAAAAACCUUCCAAGACAAAUCAUAAAAUUGACGAAUGGGAAGAGUUUGGAUUGAAUGGUUGGAGUGGCGCGAUGGUUGAGACAAAGAAAGAAUUUCCCAAACGAGAAAAACCGAAAAGUUCAACAGCUUUGGCUACACUUUUCACUCCUUUUGAUCAACUUGGUCUUCUAAGGCCAAUUGAGACACAAUCAUCUGAAUCAUCACAAGAUGCUAAUAUUAAAAUGGAAGAGAUCUCAGAUCACCUUUCAUCAAUUCUUUUAAAAGAUGAACAAAUUUUAUUGAAUAAAACUGGAAGAUUACCGAACAAAUCACCACGAUGGCCGAUAACAACGACAAGAGAUCAACAUGGAGAUAACGACAUUUUUCUUGCGAGAGCAAAUAAUCCAUUUGGUCAUUCAACAAAAUGGAAGUAUAAGUGA